GUUAGACGAGUGGAAGUUUUCAGCGGACACGCAGAGUCAGAGAUGUCGGAAGAAGCACCAGCGGCUCCACCGGCCAAACCCACGCCGAAAAGGAAGCGGGCCCCCCGCUCCAGGUCGGGCGGACCUUCACUGGCGAAGGUCAUCAUCACCGUCCUGACUGAGAGCAAUGACCGCAAAGGGAUGACGGUACCUGCCAUCAAGAAGGUCCUGGCUGCCAAGGCCAUCGACGUGGAGAAGGCCAACAGACGCAUAAACACGACACUGUGCAGGCUGACUGGGAAAGGGGUCCUGAAGCAGCUGAGGGGGACCGGAGCCUCCGGGUCCUUCAAGAUCGUUAAGGAGCCCAAGGCUGUCAAGCCGAAGAAGGCAGCUGCUGCGAAACCCAAAGGAGAGAAGAAAAAGAGGGAGAGAUCAGUUUCCGAGGCCCGUAAGGGGUCACCGACAAAGAGAAAAGCCAAGACACAGAAGGUGAAAGCUGGUGCCAGGAAGACCAGCGCGAAAAAGGAUAGUGCCAAGAAGGAUAAGAAAGCUGGUGCAAAGAAACCUACAAAGAAACCUACAAAGAAACCUGCAAAGAAACCUGCAGGAAAGAGGUUGCCUGUGAAGAAACCUGCGGCAAAGAAACCUGCUGCCAAGAAGGCCGCAGCAAAGAAGGCAGGAGGAAAGAAGGCUGCAGGAGGAAAGAAAUCUGCAGGAAAGAAGUAAAGUGGAUCUUUAACCUGCACUCAGUGCAACAAAAGGCUCUUUUAAGAGCCACCACAUGUUCUACAGAACUUUGUUCCUCUGUGACAUCAUGAUAUCCACAAGUCUCACUCAGAGAGAGACCAUAAAUGCUUUUAAAUUAAUAACGUCAGAAUGUUGUGAGACACUUUAUAAACACAUAUAUUCAUAUUAUUAUACUGUAUAAUAUAAUGUCUCCUCCUGCUGCUGUAUCAAAGCACAGUCCAUCCUCCUGUACUGUUCCACCUGCGUCUUCAACAUGUUAGCUGUUAAAAA